AGACCUACUGAAUAGGGGUGACCACCUGGUUACCCAAUCCGUAAGAUAUUUCUGCGUCAAUGUGCCCAGGCCUACACAAGAAGCAGAGAAAGAGGCCAGUUUAGUGGGGCUUUAAACUUUACAGUCAUGGACAGGGAGAGAUGCCAACAUCUGACCUACCUAAGGAAGUCAGAAGGAAAAGUCAGAUUGAUAGAUGUUGAGCAAAAGUUGCUCUGAAGGCCUCAACAAAAGAUACAUGCUUCGCACAUUACCAAGGACAUGCUCCCAGGGCCCUAUCCCAGGACCCCAGAAGAACGGGCCGCCGCCGCCAAGAAGUAUAACAUGAGAGUAGAAGACUACCAACCGUACCCGGAUGAUGGCAUGGGGUAUGGAGACUACCCGAAACUCCCUGACCGCUCACAGCAGGAGAGGGAUCCAUGGUAUGACUGGGACCAUCAAGACUUGAGGUUGAACUGGGGUGAGCCGGUACACUGGGACCUUGACAUGUAUAUCAGAAACCGUGUGGACACAUCCCCUACACCUGUUUCCUGGAAUCUCAUGUGUAAGCACCUCUUCGGCUUCGUGGCCUUCAUGGUGUUCAUGUUUUGGGUUGGGGAGACUUACCCCACCUACCAGCCUGUGGGGCCGAAGCAGUAUCCUUAUAACAAUCUGUACCUGGAAAGAGGCGGCGAUCCCACCAAAGAGCCUGAGCCUGUGGUUCAUUAUGAGAUCUGAGACGGCGUCAUCAGCUUUGUGUCCCCUAACUGACUGCCUCAUUUCUAGAGAUUUAACCGUAAUGAAAUCCCUAAUAAAACUUAGUGCUGUGGUA